AUGUCUGAGAAAGAACCAAACAUGUCGCCAGGGAGGAAAACAACGCUAAGUGAAAACACGCUUUUUGGGAUGGGAAAUCCAUUGCUUGACAUUUCGGCUGUUGUGGACAAAGAUUUCCUUGACAAGUUUGGACUGAAGCCUAAUGACCAGAUCCUCGCCGAAGACAAACACAAAGCCUUGUUUGAAGAAAUUGUCAAGAGGAACAAAGUUGAAUACCAUGCUGGUGGCUCAACCCAGAACUCAGUGAAAAUUGCUCAGUGGAUGAUCCAGAAACCUUACAAGGUGGCUACCUUCUUCGGGUGCAUCGGUACCGACCACUUCGGGGAGAUCCUGAAGAAGAAGGCUGAGGAAGCCCAUGUCGACGCCCGCUACUAUGAACAAAACGAGGAGCCGACUGGUACCUGUGCAGCCUGUAUCACCGGAGACAAUAGGUCCCUUGUUGCUAACCUGGCAGCGGCAAACUGCUACAAAAAGGAAAAACACCUGGACUUGGACAGCAACUGGGAGCUAGUGAAGAAAGCCAAGGUCUAUUAUAUUGCGGGUUUUUUCCUGACUGUGUCUCCGGAGUCAAUCCUCAAGGUGGCGAAGCACGCUUCAGAUAACAACAAAAUCUUCUGCAUGAACCUCUCAGCACCUUUCAUCAGCCAGUUCUUCAAAGAGCCCUUGAUGAUGAUCAUGCCUUACGUCGACAUCUUGUUUGGCAAUGAGACGGAGGCGGCCACGUUUGCCAAAGAGCGGGGCUUUGAGACAGAUGACAUAGCAGAGAUUGCAAAGAAGACCCAAAACCUCCCCAAGGAGAACACAAAGAGGCAGCGACUGGUGGUCUUCACUCAGGGCAAGGACGACACUGUUGCAACUGUUGGUGAGAAGGUGACCAUGUUUCCUGUAUUCGACAUCGACCAGAACGAUAUUGUGGACACUAACGGAGCAGGAGACGCCUUCGUGGGAGGAUUCCUCUCUGCAUUGGUCCAAGAUCAUGUGUUGGAGGAGUGUAUCCGGGCCGGGCACUACGCCGCCAACGUCAUCAUCAGACGGGUCGGGUGCACCUUCCCAGAGGAGCCAGACUUUCACUGAUGCAUCCGAGCACCACUCAUCUGUCUUACUCAUCUGAUAUGUAUGCUUCUUCAGGAUUUCAUUUGAAUUUUUUUUUUCUAUUUACAGUGACUGACUAAAUGGGACUAAGUGCUGCUUGGGUAUUUAUCAAGCUUGAAUAAGCAGCUCAGAUGUUUUAAUACAAUUCAAACAAUGUACUAGUAUCAAAUGUUGGAAUGGUAUGGUCAUGUUUAAAGGAGCAUUCCACUGAAAAUCUGUCCUUUGAGUAUCAAAAAGUCAAUGCUCAUAGGCCUGAAAGGCGGAAACUUUUCAAAGCCACUCUUACAGCAUAAUCCAUUUCUCCACCAUUGAUCCAUGUGUUAUCUAUGUUUAAAACUCACUUUCUCCGCAACAGAGCUAAACACUCUCGUUCUAUGUCCCAGUAAUCACCUCCAGCAUUGCGCUGAAGCUUUGCUGGGAGUAGUGUAUUUAGUGAUUUAUUUGGAUCAUCCCGAAGAUCGGAUUAGUGAUGAACGUUUUAUCCUGCAGGAUAGAUCUGAAAAGUUUCUGUGGACAUGUGGCUCUGAAAAGUUUGUUUCUUGCUCCUUCGUGGAGUAGUUACAGUUGAUUCUAAUGGUGACCCAGAGUCAAGGCCGAAAAAAACGUAUUUAAACACCCAUAGAAACUUCUCCAACCCUUCCUGCUGCAUAAGCCACUUCUCCACUGUUGAACUUUGUGCUCAAUAUGUUCAUAAUAAUUAAUGCUUCACCAAUAAAUUGCUAAUUACACUACUUCCUUAAGACCGUCUGAGCUAUGAGGAGGGAAUAGUGUGACACAGAUAGUAGUUUGCUAUCCUUCACAGAGCAGCAAGCUACAAACUUUUUAGAGCCUUCGUUCAAGCCUGCAGGGGGGUGAGUGUUGUGAUACUACUGUAUAUCCUCUAAAAUAUAGUACAUCUUCAGUUGAGUAUUCCUUUAAGAAUCAGCUGUAAUGCUGCAGAAAUCAUGGAUGGUGUGACAUUAUGGGUGGCUUUGCAAUUUCCUGAGCUGACACUUUUAACAGGACAAAACUGGAGAGAAUGUUUUUUUGUUGUUGUUACUGUAC